GCUUUUAAUUUGAAAAGCCAAACAGGAAUCGCUCAUUUGGUUCCUGACUUCUCGUGGUAACCACAGUAACUAGGCAACCAGACGCUAACUCCGGUGAUUUUAAGGACUAAGCCUUGACACAAUGUCAGAAAAAGAAGAUGAUAAGAGCAAAGGUGAAAAUCAGCAAGCUGCAGACCCCACCCAGGACAGUGGAGCCACAGCUGAGGAUGAGGAGGAGAAAGGAAAGAGCAAAGAUGAAGACACUGCAGGCUGCCAAAAAGUAGAAAACAAGGCUGACUAUUUGCAUGUGGCUGGGGAGUCUCAAGUCUACACAGCAACUAAAGACACACUCUUCUCAAAGAAUACAUCUGUGGCUGAAACCCAAGCAUUAUCACCAAAGUGGGUCUUUGGGAUAAAUUCAGACUUUCCUGUCUUCACUCUGCAAGACAAAGAUCAGCUGGUUCUGCUGUAUACGUCAGGAUUUGGAAUCAUAUACAAUCACACUUUAAACGUCCAACACAUUCUGCAGGGUCAUUCAACCAACAUCUCCUGUAUGUGUUUGAGUGAGGACAGACGUUGGAUUGCAACAGCAGACUGCGGGUCUGAGAGCAUGGUCAUAAUCUGGGAUGCCUAUUCUGGCCUUCCUGUUCAAACCUUAUUCAACUGCCAUCCUCCUGGAGGUGUGAUUGGUGUGGCAUUUUCAAGCAACACUAAACAUCUGGUAACCCUUGGGCGUGAAAACAUUCAAUGUGUGUGUGUUUGGGAUUGGAUCACAGACUCCCAAAAGCCAGUCUGCUUUACAGAAAUCAACCCUGAAUAUGGUUUUCAAAAGUACGUCGCUUACAGGCCGAAUGACGGCAUUCAGCUCCUUACUGGAAGUGAAAGUCAUGUGCUGUUCUACUGCAUAGUGGAAAGAAAUCUAGAGUACUUGGCACUGGGUCUCAAGAGGUUCAUGAAAGCAGACAAAUGUGCUGCUGGAAGAGCAGUUCCACCUUUAUCUGACCCCUCGACAACCACCCACCAAUCCAACAUGUCUUGGUCUCUGUUUCACCUGAGAAUGCCCCGGAUCCUGACAGUCAUCGGUCGGGACGUUGUUGUGUGGGACGUCACUGAGGACUUGGUCGAAAACCAAAUCCUGUCAGACAAAACAAUUGUGCAUCUUUGUCUACAGGACAACCCGAUUACUGCUCUCACCAUGGCUGAUGGCCUCGUUAUAACGGGAGACACAAAAGGAGAAAUCUGCUUUUAUGAUGAUACAUUGAGUCUUCUCUGUUGGUACAAGAAUUUCAACUUGGAUCCUAUUGCUUCCAUUUCGUUUACCAAAGAGUGUAACAAAGGACACACACAGGAAUGCGUUCAGGAGGAUGAAGCAGUGAUAAUGGGGAAGCUUUUGAUAUGUACAGUCACUUCUACCGUCCUGCAGCUGAACACACAGAGUGGCAGCAUUCAGACUCUGGUGCAUGGGGAACGUGAACUGCACCACGCAGUCGCAUGCCACCCCAGUCGGCCUUUUGUGGCAUUGGGAAGUCAGCUGGGAAUUUUGAAAGUAUGGGAUUAUAAAAAAAACACAGUGACCGACCGGAGGGUCUUUGAAACGGAGGGGAGCAUCCAGUGUGUCUCUUUUGACCACAACGGAAUCUACCUUGCUGUUGGCUUCAGCAGUGGAUCUGUUCAGAUACUCAAUGCCAAUGCAAUUCAAAGUGAUUCAGCUGAGUCCUUGCGCUGCACUACAGACAGCAUCCAUCUCAUCGCCUUCUCUUCAGACUCACAGUAUCUCGCAACUGCAGAUGCUGGCAAAGCUCUGACAGUGUUCCACAUGCAGAGAAAUGAAGGUUCUCUGCCUCAGUGGAUUUGUCUGGACAGAUACCACUCUCACUCCAAGCCCAUCACAGAUCUUCUUUUUGGGCUUCAUUUGGACAACACCUACCCAAGACUGCUCUCACUAGGAAUGGACAGACAACUGGUGGAGUACGACCUGGAAAAGAGCUCAGCAGGCCAGCUCAUCAUCAAGAGCUCUGAUCGCAUUGAGCAAAGCGCCGUUCCAUUGUGCAUGACGUGGUUUCCUCCCCUGACAACAGAGCAGUUUCUUCUUAUUGCCUCAGACCAAUACAAGAUGAAACUCUUCAACAGCAUGACCAAGAUGUGCAGAAAGACUGUCCAGGGCCCAACACUUGGCUCUCCUAUCAGGCAAAUGAUGGUUCUUCCGAAGCAUAAAGAACCCGAAAUGAUGUCGUAUCACCUGGCUUUCAUCACAGACGAUAGGCUUGGUCUCCAGAUUUUGCCUGUGGAUGGGAACCCGUACAAGUCCACUGAAUUGAUCUGCCAUGCAACAGGAGUGUCCUCUGCAUCCUGCUCCUAUGAUGGGAAAUGUAUUUUUACCACAGGAGUCUCUGACCGCAGUUCCAUCAUGUGGGAAAUUAAUCUGAAUGUGUUGCAGGCUGCAGCAGCUUUGGGAGGAAAGGAUAUGACUCCCUUUUAUUCCCAGUUAGACGGAGGACGAGAGGGCAAGUUUUAUAGAGACAUGGAGGAUUGUUUCUAUUUCUGCCAAGUCCGUCAUUAUGGCUCUAGCUUGAUGAAGAAUCAACCAGUGCCGACAGAAAUUCCGUUGUCAGAGGUUCCCUCCUUAAUGAGAGCUGUAGGCUACUUUCCUACAGAACAAGAGAUAGAAGACAUGCAGAAUGAGGUCAAGUUCAGCAGGUAUGCAGAAACUGGAAAGUAUGUAACAGACAUUGACUUACAGGAGUGUAUCAAGCUGUAUAUCAACCACCGGCCAGCCUUUGGCAUCUCUCACAAUGAACUCGUUCAAGCUUUUCACGUUCUUGGUAAGAGUGAGAGUACAGCACAACCUGUUCUGCUGAGACAUGAGCUGCUAGAACUUCUACAGACUCGAGGGGAACCUAUGACCAUGGAUGAGGUGGAAGAGUGUUUUGCUACUCUUUUAGGCCUCAAAUCAGAAGACAACAAGGAAGAAGAAGAUUGUAGGCACCACAGAAAUGGAGAACAUUUACUGGAGAGAGAAGUACCAGAGGAGAUUUCACCGGAGACAUUUACAGAUUACAUCUUAGGCUUUCCUCUUCCAAACAGGAAGGAAGGAAGCAGAUCUCCUCCACCAGAGUGAUUCACAGAAGACACAAGACGCUGUUACACUACAUCAUUUUUUUUUUCUUUGUGGAGUUUUCUUUUUCUUUUUACAGUUUUUAACCAGAUCCCUACAACUAUUGCUGCUUUAUUUCAUGUUUGGAGAAACAGCACAGGUUAACAUUGAUAUUAAAGUAAAGAUGAUGAC